GCGUGCGAGCAUAUUCAUGAUCUAUAACAGAACCCUACUAACUUUGGAUAUCGUCAUUAUUGUCCCUGCGAAUGAAUACAUGCGCUGCGAUUUCUGUACCUGAACUAGUGCCCUUUAAAAUCUCAUGGCUUAUUGGCCAACGACAAAGAAACGAAGCUAUUAAAACGCCAUUCUUAGGUAAAUAAUGGAAAUCUAUCCGCAAUAUUCGUCACAGAGGACGCACUCAAAUUCACGUAAACGUUAGUGUGUCUAAGACCGUAACAGACAAGUGGAGCGAGCCAACGACGUCUAAUUGCAACCAUCCUUGCUAUAUAUACGUGAAUCCCCAUACGAUUCCUGUUCUCAUCAUUUUCAACUCACAAAGUGUACAGAACUCGCUAUAAUGAGAGAUGAAAAUGUUCUGGAUUGGAAUGUUAACGAUCUUUCAACUUUGGGGAUCGAUCACAGGACUACAAAGAACGGAAAAGGUCCGUCCGUCUGAACAUCCGUACGCGGCAGAUCUGUACUCGGCGUUCGUCACGGCGUUGCGAGACUUGAAGGCAUGCAAAAGUUUGACACUUUGCGAGCUCGCGGAAAGGUUAAAAGUGCCUUUGCAAAGUUUCACCAAAUUUUCAACCGGUACUUCGGAGAAGCGCAGAGCAGGUUAUCACGGUGAAGUAGACCCAAGAAGCUACUACAGCAAUUACGGUGCCCCGGCUCAUACUUACGUUCCCGCAUUUUUAGGAUUCGAUCCUAUAAGCAUAUUGGCUUCGUUGGCGUUCUUGGCAUUCCUGCUGCAAUCCUUUGCUUCGUUGUUCGAUAGGUCGAGAUCUAUUAUUCCAACAAUAGUGAGCAGUCGCCAAUCCCCCGAAGCCACCGUCCUGGACAUCGCAGAACGAGUAUUCCGUGCAAUGGAGCGAUACGAAACGCUGAAUGAAAAAACCUCGCAAAAAACUACUGAGAAACUCACAGAGUAAAGUUAAUGACAAAAAAGUGAAUAAAAAUAUAAAAAAACAGAAGCCGAGAGCAGAGUACCUGUACAAAGCAAUUGUUUUUACCGGUGCCAAUGCCCAUGUUUCUCGGUGAUGGAUAAGUACAGUCAUGGUAUAAUAUUAUUACAUGUCAAACUUGAGGUCCGAUAGAUUGUUUUGUCAAACAUUAAGAAAAACUAAUAUUCAGCGACUUAUAAGA